GAUACGCGUGACUACGACCGGGAUCGACGUGAUUACGGAUCCCACGAUCGUGAUCGCCGCUCGCGUUCCUUGGAACGCGACUCGCGCCGCUCCUCCGAGCGCGAUGCUCCGGAGCCCUCAGAGGCCUGGGACGUACCACCUCCCGGCUAUGAAAACAUGCCCCCCAAGGUGUACAAGGACUAUGUUUGUACGUACUUUGCUGGCCUGCCCAUCUCUGCCGAGCUGCCGGGCUUGCGCAGCAGCAUGCCCAACCCCUUGACACGUGGUGCGCGCCGUCUCUACGUCGGUGGCAUUCCCAACGGUGCCAAUGAUAUGGAGCUGGCCGAGUUUUUCAACAUGCAGCUGACGCAACAGGGCCUGACCAUUGGCCCUGGUGCGCCUGUGGUCAGCGCACAAAUCAACGAGGAGAAGUCCUUUGCGUUUUUGGAGUUGCGCUCGCCCGAGGAAGCCACCAGCUGUAUUGCCUUUGAUAACAUCAUGUUCAUGGGCAAUCAGCUGCGCAUUCGUCGCCCCAAGGACUACCAGGCGCCCGCUGGUGGCACCAGCGAGGUGCCCAAGGUCGACAUGCCCAUGCCUCGCCCCAUGCCCAUGCCCACGCCCAUGCCCAUGCCUACGCCCAUGCCCAUGCUCGUACCCUCGGGCCGCCUCAACGUCACCAACAUUCCUUUGGCCAUGGAUGAGGAGCAGCUGCGCGAGCUCUUCUCGGUCUUUGGCACCAUUGCCUCCCUCGAACUGCGCAAGGAGCCCGAAACUGAUAAGUUUGCCGGGGAUGCCAUUGUUGAGUUUGACACGCGGGCUCCCGACUUCCUGAACCAGGUCAAGGCUGGUCUGGAGGACAUUGACUUUGAGGGUCAAAAACUCAAGGUUGAACAAGUGGUGCGUUGGUGGUCCUAUUGCGGACUGCGUGCAUCAUACAUUGCACCUUCGCUUGUGAACGCUUCUCCUUUUGUUGGCGGCGCCGCUGCGCCUGCCGUCCCUGAUGUGGAAGCCACAGAGGUCUUGGUCUUGAUGAACAUGGUGACCAAGGAGGAAUUGCAGGAUGACGAAGAAUACAAAGACAUCAUGGAAGAUAUCCGGGAAGAAUGCGGCAAGUUUGGCAACAUCACAGAUCUCAAAAUUCCCCGCCCGGUCGCCGAGGGUGAGCAGCCAAUCGGCUUGGAAAAGAUUUUCAUCCGUUAUGCCACCGUUGAUGAGGCGCGCAACGCGCAACGCGCUCUUUCCGGCCGCCGCUUUGCAAACCGCACGGUCGUGGUCAGCUACUUGGACGUUGCCAAGUUUGAGAACGACGAGUUG